AUGUCAGGCGCUGCUCCUAUUGACAUCACCACUCGACAGACGACCUCCGUGUCACCACCGGGGCAACAGGCGUCGAACCUCACAUCGGCACUCCAAAGGGCUGGUAACGGUGAGCGCACGGGUAGCAUAUCACUGCAUCCUGGUAGCGGACUGGGGGUGUUCAAGGCCCCCCCACCACGCAAGGAUUCGAUCACCAAUGCUACCGCACAAUGGGGAAAUGGAACGAAGCCCAUCUCGAUGUCAGGAUCAGGCCGCGACAAGGGCCGGCGAGAGUCUCUCGCAGGGAGCUUGGUGGGGGGCAUGAGCUGGGGUGGUGUGUCGGUGGGAAGCUGGAUCCGUGAUGAUAUCAUCAUGACCGGCACCUCUCCAUUCACCUUCCAGUCGCCUUCAUUCCACUCUUCCUCAUAUCUCCCGAAGUUGGAGGCUAACUUCAUGCGGGAUUUCUCUUGCUGUGGUGUGACAUUGCCGACUCUCCAUGACCUGCUCCAGCAUUACGAGGAGGCCCACGCGACCAAGUCACCCAACCAAGGGCAUCGGCCGAGCCAAGAAAAUCGCGCCGCGAUCGCAGCAGCAAUGGCACAGCAACAAGGGCAACCGCAUGGAAACCAAGGACGUGGCAUCUCGCAGGACCGCACUCUCGAUAUGCAGCGAAAAAUGGGCCACACACCAUCUGCGUUACAACACGUUGACCUCGACACGAUGGAUGAUAUGGAAUUAGACGACCCAAUGGGCGAUGCUGAUGCUGCCACCUCGCAGUUGUUCUCCACUCAGCUACGCGACGCUGGACAAGGUGGAUACGGCAACCCCAACCAAGGCCCUCAGCUGAAUUUGGGCAUGCUCCCUAGCCACCAGGGCUUCAAUAGCCCGUCCCAGCCCGGUACUCCCGUGGGCUCUUCACGUCCGCUGUCCCUCUCGAACAAUCCCACCGUGUCUUCUGUCAACACACCGACACUCAUGGCCAACCCACUUCAAACCUCUCAAUUCCGGAAUACGCCCGAUUCCUCCGGGCCGGGAACGCCUGCUGAAAUCGACGAGAACGUCGUUGGGGGCUUCGGUGACCUCAACAUGCAACCAAACAUGAUGGGACAGAACCAAGCUCACUACGGACGCUACCCGGGCAAUAAUGACAUGGUUGAUCUGUGCAUCGAUGAGCCAGCUAAGCGGCUUUUCAGCCCCAGUGGAGGCAUGGGAACACCAAAUGCACACUUUAAGCUCAGCGGAGCUCAGUACGGUCCAAACAGCGACAUUGCGCGACGGAUCAGGGAACAGCAGCUUCUGGCUGGUGUGCCCGACACCACAUCGAUCCUUCCCAACGAGGAGCCCAAGCCCUUCCGCUGUCCCGUCAUUGGGUGCGAAAAGGCGUAUAAGAAUCAGAACGGUCUGAAAUAUCACAAGGCGCACGGCCAUAAUAAUCAACAGCUACAUGAUAACGCCGACGGAACCUUUUCUAUCGUCAAUCCGGAAACGUCGACGCCUUACCCGGGCACUCUCGGCAUGGAGAAAGAGAAGCCAUAUCGUUGUGAAGUGUGUGGCAAACGCUACAAGAAUCUCAACGGCCUCAAAUACCACAAGUCGCAUUCGCCGCCUUGCAAUCCUGAUUUCCAGCUUGCCGCAGGCCGCAAUUUGAAUCUCGGUGGGGGUGUCAUGCAGGGACAAAACAUCAACGUGGCAGGAGCUGGCUUGCCCGGCAUUGGCGAAGAAGGCCUUCUAUAA